AUGUCUGUACCAAAGGUGACAAUCAACGACCUCUCCGAUGCUAUCGAGGCAGCAACUAACCCCAGUGUCAAGACAGUUUUAGAGGGAAUUCUUAAUGACUGGAUGGAUCUUCAAUAUGGCAAGAGUACACCAUACACAACGGGAAAGACAGUGCUUCCAGUCAGUUCAACGAUAGAAGAUGUAGAAACAGCAGUAAACAGUGAUGCGGAUCAGAAAUUCAAAGAUAUCUUUGGAAAAAUCUGCGAUACCUACAAAACUGGUGAUUUGUCACCACAGUCUGUGAAUGAUGGUAGUUGGGAUCCAAAAUUCACUCCUGUAUUCGUUUUCGUUUCUGGUAAUCCUUAG